UUUCUCUGAUUUUAUUACCCCCAUUCAAUUGCAUCAUCUGAUUCUUGUCCGGCUUUACUCUUUCCAGCCUUGUUGUGUGCCCUUCAUCUUUCACUCUAUCCUCCAUCCCUCGCUCAAUCUUCAACCUCAUAUUUUCUUUUCUCAAACAAUGAACCCGUCAACGCUUUCUCCUAUCAGCCUUCGAUCCCCGCAACAACCCAAACCACAUUCAAUUAGCAGUGCAUACAGUUCCGAUGAGCUCCCCAAUAUUGUACCACAGCGCCCACCUCGGUCAGAUCGACAAAGGGCCGACUCAACCUCUUCUCCAACUAUCUCUGGUGCUCAAUAUUAUCAAUAUUAUUAUUCGCAAAGACAGCAGCAACAAUAUGAACAAUACAUGUCUUCCUCACCUCCAUCCUCAAGACCCUCACCUCGAUCGACACCAAACUCGUACGCCAUGUCAUAUCCUUCGCAACCAUCCUCACCUAUGAGCUUUCAGUUACCGCCUUCAGCACUUUCACCUGCUAAAGAUGAUAUGCCUCGGUCGGGUUCCAUCUCACAUCAGCCCAGCAGGGCAAACUCUACACUAGGUAUUCAGAUUCCUCAGCUACAAGCCUCUUCCUCUUUAGUCUCGCCAUCAUAUAGGACACCACGCAUGUCGCCUGGACUAAGCAGUGCUAGCGGUAGUGCUAGUGAUAGUGUUGUAGGUGGAAGUAGUACUUCAUCAGGAGGAGCAGGAGUAGGGGCAGGGGUAGGAGAGCUAUCCGUGUCUACUCUUUCCACUAUGCCACCACUCGCCCUUCCAGGAUCAUUUCUGGAAGAGCAAUCUGAUUACGCAGAGUACUAUUCAGAUGUAGGAAUCAUCUCCCAACAACAGGAAGAUCUCCAGCAAAGGCAAUUUCGACAACAUUAUCAGAACGCGUUGCUAUCGAUACCCAUUAGUCCUCAUCAAACAAUACAUCGUCAGCAACCAACUGUAGCAGAAUACUCGCCGCAACACCUGAAUGUCUCCAUGUUCUUGCCAUCACCCAUGAUGAGUCCAACAACGCCUCCAUUCACAGGUGAUUUCUCAGCUUUAAGUCUUGAUGAUUCGGCAUCCAACAGGCUUUCAGUUGCACCUCAUCCCCUGACAGAGGACACACAGGCCUAUCCGGAGGGCUAUUACCAAGGACGCCCCCAUAUACCCAUAGAAUCCUUCCUGAUGCCUACACAGGAACAAUAUCCUCCUGAUCGCGAUUGGAAAGUCUUUUGUUCACUUGCUGCCCCACAAUCUCGGCAAUGGAAGCACGAAGGAUGAUAUGAAGGAUGAGCGUGCAAUUCUUCAAUAUCCGAUCCUGACUAUCAAGGAAAUCAGUUACAGUGAGUACGACGAUACUUUCUCAUUAACUUUUGGAACAACGCUUCGUCAGCGGCGAGUUGUUAUGACGCUCGUCUCUUCAAGGGCUCGUGAAAUCAUCAUCGCU